GGCGUAUGCAAGACUAUGCCGCGUGAUUUGUCACUACACGUAUCUUGUGAAUGAUCCUACUUCAUCAACAAAGCCUCUUUGCCGCGUAGGGUCUCGCAGCAACUGAAUGCAGCCUUCAUAAAGGUCCAGGUACAGCAAUCACGAGCAACAAGUGCGUGGUCUCCGAGCCCUUUUUCCACCAUGGCGGCGGAAGGACACCUCGACUGCAUGUUCGACUGCGGCCUGCAUUUUUCGAGCUUAGAGUCCUUGUAUCUUCAUAUAGAGCUCCAUCACCGCGAGGACAACACGAUCUCUGGUUUCGCAGUCCAAGAAGGAGCUGCAUCACCUCCAGCUCAGUCUCAUCAAGGCAAUAGUGGGUAUACCCCAUUAGGAUCUUUAGGGCAGCAGACAUACACGUCAAACGCACAUUCUACAGUUCAGUCUCACCAAACGGUGACAUUCUUCGACGAUGUCCAAAUGGAAGGGGAGCACUUGAACCAGGAUCAAACGGCCGGUGAAGUUAACGAAGACUUCGUCCUAUGUUCCGAAAAGGACUGCGGCGAACUUAUCUUUGUAGCUGAUUUGAACGAUCACCUUGACCUGCAUGAGGCGCAGAAGGGUAGCCUCGACGAUGACACAUCUUCAGUGCCACAGUCAGACGACCCGUCGUCGUCCUCGUCGUCGUCUCCCUACCCAAAUGAUGCUCAAAUUUCGUCGCGCCAUGAUCAUAGCAGCACCGGAAGGAAAAUCAAAAGCCGUUCUGCCAAAGACGAGGAAAUAAGAAGUCAUAUCGGCCGCAAGUUCCUACUCAUGUUUGGCACUGACAGGCGUGGAAGGGAUCGCGUGCCGUCAAACAAAGCACCCAUAUGUACGCAAAGGUUGGGAAAAGCCGAGCUUGGCCCACACGCGUUCGAAGAUCGAAUGCCCAGUUGGAUGUACAGAAAACUCAAGGAGGGCCCAAAGAUUACGCGAACGCGACGAAUCACCCGAAACGGCGGCCUGAUUACUCACGAGUCUGUUGAAGGGCAGACGAACGGAGUCUUGCCAAUUCUGAGACAGUUGGUUGAACUGGAUCCUGCCGUGUACAUAGCCUAUCUUUGCCAUCCGUACGUAACACAGAUUGGGAAACGGACGUGGGAAAGCGGAUUUUGCGGUUUUCACAACACGCAAAUGGUCAUCUCGUACAUCCAGAACUCAAAACAUCCGGCGCACACGCUUUUCCCGGGCUUCAUUCCUGGCAUAUUAGACAUUCAGGACUGGAUUGAGACCGCAUGGUCUGAGGGGAUCAACGAGCAUGCAAAAGAGGAGUUUGGCGGCCUGCGGGGCACGCGGAAAUGGAUCGGUACACUCGAAGUCGACACGUUGUUCCAGUAUCUGGGUAUUCCGCAUCAGAUUCACCAGUUCCACGACACGGUAGAAGUUAACAAUCAAUACGCGGACCAGAACCUGUUGGAUUGGGUCGAAGAGUAUUUCAAAGAUGCAGCUAUGGAUCCAAAGCAGAAGGUCCAUUGCACGCUCAAGCCACCGAUCUACUUCCAGCGGCCGGGCCACUCACUCACGAUUGUUGGCAUGGAAAGGAUGCGCAACGGUACACGAAACCUACUCGUGUUCGACCCGAUGUACCAAGUGCCGACUUCGAUGCUGCAGCUCAUCGAACGAGGCCGGGUUAAGGAGCUGAAUACUAAGCUCCUUCGGUUCUACAGACGCUCGCAACUUCGUUUGCACAGUUAUGCCGAUUUCGAAGCAACCACAUUGGAAGGCGAGCUGCCAGAAUAUCCGGCGUGGGAUAUAGGCCAGAAGAGAAUUUCAAGUUCGCACAGGAUUCUUUAGGACCUUCGCGUGCCCAGCUCGUAGCUCGGGGCAUUAUGCGUCGUGGGCAACGUGAGUGCCAAAUUUUGAUUUAUCAUAGCUGCUGAUCGUAGCUCCCGAAUAUCUAUUGCUGCCUAACUACCGCGAGCUUAGCUUUGCUUAGAGAGAUAUGAGCGAGAGGUGUUUAUGUUGGACCUUCCCUAGCUCAUCGGAGACUGACAGGAUGCCACCUCUCACUGAAUAUUCCAUAAACCUUAUGUAUGACACUGAGAACGUACGUGCAGCAUGCAUUUACAGGAUUAAGGCAAAGGCGCGUAGAUAAACAGGUUUAUGACAAAGAUCUAAACCCUUAUGACAACC